GGGGUGGGGGGAUCCGUAAGCUUGAGCAAAGAGAGUCUGACAAUAAGAAUUCAACAUUUAGAGAUUCUUCACGGGAACAUCCAUCUAUUCCAAAGUGAGCUUCCUGAGACGGGCAAUAUAACGAAAGAAGAGGCAGUGGCGGCAUAGGAGCAGGAGAAGGCUUCCAGCUAGAGGGCUGCGGCCCCUUUAAGGCCAAUCCCGGUCCUGGGCCUUUAAAUCUGUGUCAGUUUUCCCUGACGUCAGCGGGCGGGCCGGGCGCCCUGCUGUUUACCGCCUCGCGGCGCAGCACACGGUGCCGAGUUCCCCGCGCCGGAGCCUCCGCGUCCGCCCGCCUUAAAGGGCCCGCGCCCCUGAAAACUCGCCGCGCCCCGCGGCGUCCGGUCGCUACCGCCUAUCGCGCCCCUCACCCUCAGACUCUCCUCCCUUCGCAGCUGCCCCUCCCGCCGGCUUCCCCUCCUUCCCUCCUCCCCUUUCCCGGCGUUUCCAGGCUCCCGGCAACCAGCCGCCCUUCUCUCUCUCGGCCCCGGCCGGCGGCCUCGGGGGCUCCGGGCCGUGCUCAGCCCCUUGCGAGCUGGGGUCCCUUCCCGUGGCCCGUACCCGACACCGUUCCCUCCCCCUCCGCGCCACCCCCUCCCCUCCAGGGCCCCUGGGAGCGUCUCUGCGGCUCCGGGGAGGGGACGUUUCCUAAUCUCAGGCCGGGGUUAAAGUUCUGGUCCUGGUGAGAUGCUGGAAGCUGCGGCCAGAGCUGCAACCCGUCCCGGAGGUGUCCUGUCUCCUGUCGCCGCCGCCGCCGCCACCACCGCUACCGCCGCCCCUGCCGCCCUGCCAGGGCCAUGUUCGCUCUGGUCUUGCCCUUCUUGGCGCUCUUGGUGGCCUCGGUCGACAGUCAUCUGGGGGUUCUGGGACCCAAGAACGUCUCGCAGAAAGACGCGGAGUUUGAGCGCACCUACCUGGAUGAGGUCAACAGCGAGCUGGUCAACAUCUACACCUUCAACCAUACUGUGAUCCGCAACCGGACGGAAGGUGUACGUGUGUCUGUGAAUGUCCUGAACAAGCAGAAGGGGGCUCCAUUGCUGUUCGUGGUCCGCCAGAAGGAGGCUGUGGUGUCGUUCCAGGUGCCCCUAAUCCUGCGAGGGCUAUAUCAGCGCAAGUACCUCUACCAAAAGGUGGAACGAACGCUGUGUCAGCCCCCCACCAAGAAUGAGUCCGAGAUCCAGUUCUUCUACGUGGAUGUGUCCACCCUGUCACCAGUCAACACCACGUACCAGCUCCGUGUCAGCAGAAUGGACGACUUUGUGCUCAGGACCGGGGAGCAGUUUAGUUUCAAUACCACAGCAGCCCAGCCUCAGUACUUCAAGUAUGAGUUCCCGGAAGGAGUGGAUUCCGUGAUUGUCAAGGUGACCUCCAGCAAGGCCUUCCCCUGCUCAGUCAUCUCCAUCCAGGAUGUCCUGUGUCCUGUCUAUGACCUAGACAACAACGUAGCCUUCAUCGGCAUGUACCAGACUAUGACCAAGAAGGCAGCCAUCACUGUGCAGCGCAAAGACUUCCCCAGCAACAGCUUCUAUGUGGUGGUGGUGGUGAAGACUGAAGACCAGGCCUGUGGAGGGUCCUUGCCUUUCUACCCCUUUGUAGAAGAUGAACCGGUUGAUCAAGGGCACCGCCAGAAAACCCUGUCGGUGCUGGUAUCUCAAGCAGUCACGUCUCAGGCCUACGUUGAUGGUAUGCUCUUCUGCCUGGGCAUAUUUCUCUCCUUCUACCUGCUGACCAUCCUCCUGGCCUGUUGGGAGAACUGGAGGCAGAGGAAGAAGACCCUUCUGGUGGCCAUGGACUGUGCCUGCCCAGAAAGCGGUCACCCUCGAGUCCUGGCAGACUCCUUCCCUGGCAACCCCCCUUACGAGGGUUACAACUAUGGCUCCUUUGAUAACGGUUCUGGAUCCACCGACGCCCUGGUUGACAGUGCGGGCACGGGGGACCUCUCCUACGGUUACCAGGAACGCCCCCUUGAUCCCGUGGGCACUCGGCCGCGACUGGACUCCAUGAGCUCUGUGGAGGAGGACGACUAUGACACACUGACUGACAUUGAUUCGGACAAGAAUGUCAUUCGCACCAAGCAAUACCUCUCUGUGGCCGACCUGGCACGCAAGGACAAACGCGUUCUGCGGAAAAAGUACCAGAUCUACUUCUGGAACAUCGCCACCAUUGCUGUCUUCUAUGCGCUUCCUGUGGUGCAGCUGGUGAUCACCUACCAGACGGUGGUGAAUGUCACAGGGAAUCAGGACAUCUGCUACUACAACUUCCUCUGUGCCCACCCGCUUGGCAACCUCAGCGCUUUCAACAACAUCCUCAGCAACCUGGGGUACAUCCUGCUGGGGCUUCUCUUCCUGCUCAUCAUCCUGCAGCGGGAGAUCAACCACAACCGGGCCCUGCUGCGCAACGACCUCUACGCCCUGGAAUGUGGGAUCCCGAAACACUUCGGCCUGUUCUAUGCCAUGGGCACAGCCCUGAUGAUGGAGGGGCUGCUGAGCGCCUGCUAUCACGUCUGCCCCAACUAUACCAAUUUCCAGUUUGACACGUCGUUCAUGUACAUGAUCGCCGGCCUCUGCAUGCUGAAGCUCUACCAGAAGCGGCACCCGGACAUCAACGCCAGCGCCUACAGUGCCUACGCCUGCCUGGCCAUCGUCAUCUUCUUCUCUGUGCUGGGCGUGGUCUUCGGCAAAGGAAACACAGCAUUCUGGAUCAUCUUCUCGAUCAUUCACAUCAUUGCCACCCUGCUCCUCAGCACACAGCUCUAUUACAUGGGCCGCUGGAAGCUGGACUCUGGAAUCUGCCGUCGCAUCUUCCACGUGCUCUACACAGACUGCAUCCAGCAGUGCAGCGGGCCCCUCUACGUGGACCGCAUGGUGCUGCUGGUUAUGGGCAACAUUAUCAACUGGUCACUGGCUGCCUACGGGCUCAUCAUGCGCCCCAACGAUUUCGCCUCCUACUUGUUGGCCAUUGGCAUCUGCAACCUGCUUCUUUACUUUGCCUUCUACAUUAUUAUGAAGCUCCGGAGCGGGGAGAGGAUCAAGCUCAUUCCCCUGCUCUGCAUCAUCUGCACCUCGGUGGUCUGGGGCUUCGCACUCUUCUUCUUCUUCCAGGGGCUCAGCACCUGGCAGAAAACCCCCGCCGAGUCGCGGGAGCACAACCGAGACUGCAUCCUCCUUGACUUCUUUGACGACCAUGACAUCUGGCACUUCCUCUCCUCCAUUGCCAUGUUUGGGUCAUUCCUGGUGUUGCUGACACUGGACGACGACCUGGACACGGUGCAGCGGGACAAGAUCUAUGUCUUUUAGGGGGAGCUGGGCCCCUUGCUUUACUCACGGGGCCUUGAGUGCCUCAGCCUCACUGCCCAGAGCCUCGGUAGCUCAGGGGUGUGAGUCCCAGCCCUGCUGCCCAGUGCUGGGUGGCGGCAGGACAGCGAGGUCUAGCCCGGGCUUGGCCCAGCACAGUCAUGGGGGUGGCCUUGAGCCUCGCAGCUGCCCCCUGCCGGGGAGGAGGCCUGCUCCCCUGAAACCCCAGACGUUGGCCAAAUUGCUGCUUUCUUCUCAGUGUUUGGGCCUUCCACAAUCCCCUGUCCGUUGGCUCUCCAUUUGUCCCUCUGCAGGAGGAAGGAGGGAAGUGUUGCCCUGCGCAUCUCACGCCUUGCAUUCUGCCGGUCCUUCCCCUCCCCACCGGCCUGGGACCCAAAGCCCUUUCUGCCUCCCAUGCUCCCCCCCCCACCCCCAGGGCCCUGAUCUGGUCCCUGAGUCUCUGUCCUGCACUAGGAGCCCCACUUCUCUUUGGGCCUGUACCUGGCUGCCAUCACUGCCUACUCCUGUCAGCCACGAUGGAUGGGGGUGUAGGAUUUUGGGCUCUGGCCAGCUGGUGCCAGGCUUUUGGUGCUAAGGCCUGCGAGGGGCCCUGGCUGGCUCUUUAGCAAUGAGAGUCAGCCCACAUGUGAGAACCGCCUUUGAUCUGAGGGCUUGAGUUCAGAGGUCACUUUCCUAUCCCAUCAGCCCCCAGACUGAUGCUGGCACCAGGAUUGGAGGGAAGAAGCAACUCAUCCCUUUCCUUCCUUUUUCUUUCCAGGCUCUUACUCCUGCCAAGCCCCAGCUGGGGGCCUUUCAGUGCCAUUGACACUGCCCAGGAAUGUCCAGGGACAAAGGAGGGCGGAUACAAAGGGCCCAGCCCAUCCGACCUCCUCCAUAGCCGUGGGAGCCCCAGUGCCUAUCUUAGAAAGGGGCUCAAGAAAGGGACAUAUUUCCCUCUGUGUCUCCGGUCCCAGCCUCACUCUAGGACCCAGGGCUGGCUCUUAAGUUUCCGUCCAGUCUUCAGCCAAGUUCUGUUAGUCACACACAUGCAUACAUGUGAAACCUUGGGGAUGACACGAGGUUGCCCAGCUCUGGGCGCCCUGGCUGCUCUGGUCCCUGGCUCCCCUUUGUCCUACCUGGUUCACUCCAGCUGCCAAGGUUGGGGGAGGCCAGUCGGGCCUCGGCCUCAGGAUGGGAAUGUGUUUUAUUCUCUCCACUUUGUUUUUAUAGCUCUCCCUUGGGCUGGGAGAGGAGGUGGUUCUGGAUUUUUUUUUCAGAGCUCCGUGUAAUGUCUGUUUCCAUGCUAUGGUUGCAUUUCUGUUUACUAUGAAUGAGUCUGCAUUCAAUUAAAGAAACAACCAGACGCA